UAUUAUAAAAAUAUAUCUUUUUUAUUUUACUCGUAUUUUUUCAGUUAAAUUAAUAAUAAUCUAUAUAAAGUUAUUAAAAUAAUAAAUAUUUUCAUUUUAGCAGCUAUCUAUAUUAAUUUGUUAUUUACAUCGUGCAUUCGCGCGUAAGAGAAAAUUUCAAAAAUGGAACAAAAGUCUGAUCAAACUAUUGAAUUAGAAACUGAAGUUAUUCUAAGAGUUCCAUCGGAAGCUGCUGCAACUUUAAGAGAGUUAAUAAAAAAAGAUGCCAAAGAACAACUGAGUAUAAAAUUAGAAAAUGAUAUUCGUAGAGGUGAAGUUAAAAUCGGAAACCAUCAAUUAUAUGCAAAAGUUGUUGACUUACCAACUAUCAUUGAAGGACAAAAAACUAUUGACAACAAAACUGUGUAUAAAACUGCAGAUAUAUGUCAGAUGAUUAUAUGCAAAGAAAAUGAAGAAUUUUUGCUUUCUGACGAAGACGAUAAAACAAAAGUUUUUAAAAAAAAAGAACCUAAUAAAGUUGAUAAAAAAUAUUUGUGGCCACAUGGUAUUACACCACCAUUGAAAAAUGUAAGAAAACGAAGAUUUCGUAAGACCCUUAGAAAAAAAUAUGUUGAAGCUCCAGAAAUUGAAAAAGAGGUUAAAUAUCUUUUAAAAAGUGAUAGUGAAGCUCUUAGUGUAAAAUGGGAAGUAGUAUCUGAAACCGAAGUACAAAACAAUAGAAAAAUUAAAGAAGAACCUUUUAUGCAGGGUGAAAUGCAUAAUGAUCUAAAGCAAAACAUUGCUGAAAGAGAUAUAUUUGGUGAAGCUCUAAGUGAUUCUGAUGAAGAGGCUGGUAAUAUAAAUAUUAUGGAUAUGGAUGAAGAUAUGAGUCAUUUAACUAAUGAUGAUAGUCGUUUCUCUGAUACUAAUUCAUUAAUGGAGGAAAAACCUUCAAUCUCCGGAACUCAAAAGCUUGUUACAGAGUUUACUAAAGAAAUGUUUAUUUCUGAUGAUAAUUCCCACCAUGGAAUAAAAAAGGAAGAUGGAAUAGAUUCCACAUUUGAUGAAAGUAUGGGUUAUAGAGAUGAUAUAGGUGAGGACCUUAAGUCUGAAUUAGAACUUAGCGAUGAUAGUAAACUCGGGGAUACGCCUGUUUUAUCGACAUUGGUUCCAUUAGAAGCAGGAAAUGUGUCUGCUGACGACAUUAAACAUAAAAUUGAUCAGUUACAACAAGAAAUUGAAGAACUUAAAGAACGUAAAAAACAACAAGAUUUGGAAAUUGCAAACAUUGAAAAUAUAAACUUAAGAGAACGUUUUAUAAAUUUAUCUAAUAAUUUACUUACUGAGCAACUAGAAAAAGAACAACAGAUUCAAGAACUUCAAUCAUAUCUUCUUUAAUGUUGAUAGAUAUAAUUGUAAUUUUGAAUAUAGGUAAUAAUUGUAAUAUUUAUUUUUUUAGACUAUAUUUUUUAAUGCUAUAAAUUAUAAUUUUUUAACCUUUGAGAUUUAUUUUAUUGGUUGUGUUCAUAUUCUUAUAUAUUAAUAUGUAUAUACAUUUUAAAUACACAAUUGUACUUAUUGAAUAUUGAUA